UCACUACGCCGCCUGCCUGGCUACCUCGCCGGUUGUCUGCCGCCCCUGCCUGUUGGGACCUGAGCUAGCGCCAGCUCUGCGAAGCUCAGGGAAGAGGGGGGCGGACUCGGCCGCCGCUGAGCAUCGCCUGUGUGGGCGGCAGGGCCGCGGCCUCUCCGCCGGCAGCACCACCUGUCGCGGGCCGAGACUUCGGGUGAAAGGAAAGAUGCUGUCCCGGUUAAGAAUAGUCGCUACUCCCUAUACUCUAGCAUGUCGUCAUAUGCACAUAAAAGAAAAAGGCAAGACACUCAUGUUGAACCCAAGAACAAACAAGGGAAUGGCAUUUACAUUACAAGAACGACAAAUGCUUGGUCUUCAAGGACUUCUACCUCCCAAAAUAGAGACACAAGAUAUUCAAGCUUUACGAUUUCAUAGAAACUUAAAAAAAUUGAAUGGCCCUUUGGAAAAAUACAUCUAUAUAAUGGGAAUACAAGAAAGAAAUGAGAAGUUGUUUUAUAGAAUUCUGCAAGAUGAUAUUGAAAGUCUGAUGCCAAUUGUAUACACACCAACAGUGGGUCUUGCCUGCUCCCAAUAUGGACACAUCUUUAGGAGACCUAAGGGAUUAUUUAUUUCAAUCUCAGACAGAGGUCAUGUUAGAUCAAUUGUGGAUAACUGGCCAGAAAAUCAUGUUAAGGCUGUUGUGGUGACUGAUGGAGAGAGAAUUCUGGGUCUUGGAGAUCUGGGUGUCUAUGGAAUGGGAAUUCCAGUAGGAAAACUUUGUUUGUAUACAGCGUGUGCAGGAAUACGGCCUGAUAGAUGCCUGCCUGUGUGUAUUGAUGUAGGAACUGAUAAUCCAGCACUCUUAAAAGAUCCAUUUUACAUGGGCUUAUAUCAGAAAAGAGAUCGAUCACAACGUUAUGAUGACCUGAUUGAUGAGUUUAUGAAAGCCAUAACUGACAGAUACGGACAGAACACACUUAUUCAGUUUGAAGACUUUGGAAAUCAUAAUGCAUUCAGGUUCUUGAGAAAAUAUCGAGAAAAGUAUUGUACCUUCAAUGAUGAUAUUCAAGGGACAGCUGCAGUAGCCCUAGCGGGUCUUCUCGCCGCACAGAAAGUUAUAGGUAAACCACUCUCAGAUCACAGAGUCCUAUUCCUUGGAGCAGGAGAGGCUGCUCUUGGAAUUGCAAAUCUCAUAGUUAUGGCUAUGGUUGAAAAUGGCCUCUCAGAAGAAGAGGCACAAAAGAAAAUUUGGAUGUUUGACAAGUUUGGUUUGUUAUUUAAGGGGCGGAAAGCUAAAAUAGACAGUCAUCAGGAACCAUUUGCUCACUCAGCCCCAGGGAAUAUACCUGAUACUUUUGAAGAUGCAGUAAAUAUUCUCAGGCCUUCAGCUAUAAUUGGAGUUGCAGGAGCUGGCCGACUUUUCACUCCUAGUGUAAUCAAAGCCAUGGCUGAAAUCAAUGAAAGGCCUGUAAUAUUUGCAUUAAGCAAUCCUACAGCAAUGGCUGAGUGCACGGCUGAAGAAGCAUAUACACUUACAGAGGGAAGGUGUUUGUUUGCCAGUGGCAGUCCAUUUGAGCCAGUGAAACUCAAUGAUGGGCAAGUCUUUACACCAGGCCAGGGCAACAAUGUGUAUAUUUUCCCAGGAGUGGCUUUAGCUGUUAUUCUCUGUAACACCCGGCAUAUCAGUGAUCAUGUUUUCCUAGAAGCUGCAAAGGCUCUGACAAAUCAGCUGACAGAUAAAGAGCUGGCUCAAGGGAGACUUUACCCACCACUUGCUAACAUUCAGGAAGUUUCUAUUAACAUUGCUAUUAAAGUCACAGAAUACCUGUACGCUAACAAAAUGGCCUUCCGAUACCCAGAACCUGAAGACAAGGCCAAAUACAUUAGAGAAAGAAUCUGGCGAAGUGAAUACGAUUCCCUGCUGCCGGAUGUCUAUGACUGGCCAGAAUCCCCACUAAGCCCUCCCUUGAUAACGGAAGAGAAGCACACCCACUGAAAAAUACUUUCCAUGCUUCAGGGAACCCCCCCCUUAUUUUUUUCUUUUUCCAGAGAAAAAGAGAUAAUCUCAAAUUUAUGGGUUUUUUUUCAUGUGUUUUAUUCUCCCCCACUGCUUUGCUUGACUUUUUAUUUUUUUCCAUGAAUCUGUAUUUCCUUAGAGGAUCAACAUGUUGGCUACAUUGUGAAUGCCCAUCAGCACCCUGCAGUCAAAAUAACCAUGAUGCUUUUCUUCUGAUUCUUGCUCAUAGCACAUCAAAGAGAUGUCACAGAUGUAUUUGUAAAUGUCUUCACUUGUGCUAUUGUUCAUGCUUGCCAGAGUAUUUUCUAUUUACUAUUAACAGUAAUCAUCUUCUCUCCCCAGCUCUUUUAGGGCUACUAAGAAAUUUACUUCUGUGGAUAUGAGUAUAGAGUUUUAAGAAGCUAAAUUUAACCAGAUUAUAAGGACAAACUGUCAGUGUCUAAAACUUCUUUUAUUUCAGCCUUAUUUUAUCUUCAUGCUCUGAAAUUCCUUUCCAGCUGAUAAAUCUAGAGAAAUGUGAAAAAUCUACCCUGUUAUUUAUUUUCUGGACCUAAAUUGAGGCCCAACUAUAACAUCAGGAGAGAGAAAUGGGAAGUACCGCUGUCUUUAGAGAGAUAAACAAAAUAGUCAUUGUUUCAACAGUGUAUAAAAAUCAUAGUGUAACUUUUUUAUUUAAUAAAGGUAUUAUCUUAAAUUUAA